AUGGAAUUAGAUCCCAAAAAUGACUUGAUAAAGAACAGACCAUGGAUGGGUAAAAAUCUUCACUCAUCUAAUGAAAUAGCUAUAUUGGUGCAUUUGUUUGAUAAUCAAGGGACAUUUAAUAUUCACCGUGCUGCUUUCUUGAGGAUGUACAAGUCCUGUUAUCGGAAUGGUUUAGAAUCCGACAGCAUUAAAUCGCUUUCUAUGAAAGAAUUAAUUUUCAAAUGUACAUCCUUUGUUCCAAAAUAUUCAUCGGAAAAGAAUACUAAGAUGAACGACACAAUUCAAAUUUUGAAUAAAACACACUAUACUUUAACCCUAGUCGUUUAA